AUGGAGCGCGAUUUUGCUGCCGAGGACCAGUCCAAUGGUCGAGGCAUAAUGGGCAAGGUGGCUGUGGCCUUCCACAAUGUCAACAAGUGUGUCAACACUACCACUUUUGGCCGGAUGUUUCGCCUCAAGGGCUGUGGCCAUCCCGAUGAGAUCGCAGAUGCCAACUUCACGACCGAGAUACGUGCCGGACUGACUACUUUUGCGACCAUGGCCUACAUCAUUGCUGUCAAUGCUUCUAUCCUCAGUGAUAGCGGCGGUCCCUGCCAUUGCGAGAAGCCGGAUUUCCCUGACCUCAAGUGUACCAACCUCGACGAGUUUCUCGAAUGCAAAUGGGGGGUUCACCGCGACCUGAUCACCGCGACUUCUGCCCUGGCUGGCCUAGCUAGCAUUGUCUUUGGUUUCCUCACCAAUCUCCCCGUCGCGCUUGGACCUGGAAUGGGUCUCAACGCCUACUUCACUUAUCAAGUCGUUGGUGUCCCAGAGGAUAGAAAGAUCCCAUACGGUCUUGCGCUCACAGCUGUCUUCGUGGAGGGCUUUAUCUUCAUGUUUCUGGCUCUCACCGGCAUGCGCCAAUGGCUAGUUCGCAUCAUUCCCGGAACAUUGAAGACUGCUAGUGGCGUCGGCAUCGGAUUGCUUCUCACUCUGGUCGGCCUCUCGUAUUCUACAGGAAUCGGACUUGUCGUCGGAGGAACCUCGACCCCUUUGACUCUCGCAGGUUGUGGCGCCGACCAACUGUCCAAGGAUACAGGUUUGUGCCAAGGCCAUUUGAUGAGCAACCCAAAGCUGUGGCUUGGAAUUGUCGGCGGCGGUCUUUUCACGGCAUGGCUGAUGGCAUUCCGAGUAAAGGCAGCCAUGAUCAUCGGCAUUGGCUUUGUAGCUAUUCUUUCUUGGCCUCGCAACACUCCGGUUACUUUCUUCCCGGACACACCGGAUGGAAACGAGCGCUUCAGGUUCUUCAAACAAGUUGUCGCGUUCAAUCCGAUUCAGCACACACUCAACGCUCAGAUCUGGGAUCUAAGGGGACCCCACGGCUCUCAGUUCGCGCUGGCAUUGUUCACCUUCCUCUAUGUUGACAUCAUCGACUGCACCGCAACCCUCUAUUCGAUGGCGAGAUUCUCGGGCAAGACCGACCCGAAGACUGGUAACUUCCCAAGAUCUACUAUUGCAUACUGCACCGAUGCUGCUUUCAUAUCCAUCGGCUCGCUCCUUGGGUGCUCUCCGGUCACCGCAUUCGUUGAGAGCGGUGCCGGAAUUGCCGAGGGUGGCAGGACUGGGCUGACAGCCAUCGUCACGGGAGUCUGCUUCCUGAUCUCUGUCUUCUUUGCCCCCAUUUUGGCCUCGAUCCCCCCUUGGGCCACUGGCUGUACUCUUAUCCUUGUCGGAUGCCUCAUGAUCCGCCAAGUCACUUGCAUCAACUGGAGGUAUAUUGGCGAUGCAAUCCCGUCGUUUGCGACGAUGGCCCUGAUCCCCUUCACUUACAGUGUUGCAUAUGGCCUCAUUGGCAGUGGUAUCUUCAUUUACGCAGGUUUGAAUUCUCUGAUUUGGCUGGUUAUGUUCCUCAGCAGGGGUCGUGUUCUGCCAUCAGACUACGACGAGAAAGAGUAUUGGACCUGCAAGCCUACUGGCGAGAAGCCUUGGUUUAUCAGACAGGUCACAAACGGACGGUUCUGGACAGAUGACCGUCGCCGCAGCAAGGAUGAGAUGGAGCUAAACGAGAUCACUGAUCCGACUCCCGAUUCACGCGCCGCAUCAGCUUCUUCCCACGAAGAGAAGGGACUCGAGCCGAUCGCCACGCCGCGUCGGAGCGUCCUGUCUCGAGCUCUCGGACAUGGCAUUGACAUGGCGUUCGCAGUUGAGUCGGAUGCGGGAGUCUUCACCUAUCUCCUUGAGAACCUCGGGGUCAAGGAUGUCCAGUUCGAGGAGCUCAUCUCUCUAGACCCCAGCGCUCUAGCAGAGCUCUACCCCGUCUAUGGCGUCAUCUUCCUCUUCAAGUACCCCACCGACACGCCGUACACGGCAGAGAAGCCGCUGGACGGCUCGUUCGACCACGUCGCCGCCGAGCGCCUCUGGUUCGCCCGGCAGACCAUUCAGAACGCCUGCGGCACCCAGGCCCUGCUGUCGGUCGUCAUGAACAAGGACGAGCCCGAGGCCGGCCUGCCGGGCACCAUCGACAUCGGCCCGCAGCUCGGCGAGUUCAAGGAGUUCACCAUGGCGCUGCCGCCCGAGUUCCGCGGCGAGGCCCUCUCCAACUCGGAGCUCAUCCGCCAGUCGCACAACUCGUUCGCCCGCAGCGACCCCUUCGCCGACGAGGCGCCCCGGCAGUCGUCCGAGGCCCAGGACGCGUUCCACUUCAUCGCCUACACGGCCGCGCGCGGCCGGCUGUACGAGCUCGACGGCCUGCAGCCCGCGCCCAUCAGCCACGGCGAGUGCUCGGCCGCGCAGUUCCCCGAGCGGGUUAUGGAGGUGCUGCAGCGGCGCAUCGCGCGGUACGACGCCGCGGAGAUCCGGUUCAACCUGCUGGCCGUGGUGCGGGACCUGCGGGCGCGCGCGCGAGAGUUUGCCGACGCCGAGGCGCUGGCGCGCGAGGAGCGCAAGCGGAAGGAGUGGGAGUUUGAGAACGCGCUGCGGCGGUACAACUUUGUCGGCUUCACGGGCGAGAUGCUCAAGGGCGUGGUCAAGGCCAAGCUGGCCGAGGGCGGCGAGGCGGCGUACGACGAGUGGAUCAAGGAGGGCGCCGAGAAGAUGGGCGCGAGGGCGGCGGAGAGGAGGAGGAUGGCUGGCGGCGGCGGCGAGGAUGUGCAGAUGGGAGGUUGA